UUGGGCAGAGGAGCUCACUUUCGACCUUGCACCAUCACAGGCACAGCGGCAGUUGUACGAGGGCUUCCCUGGUGUGCUGCUGCUGAAGAACCCGGUUGGCUAGGGGGGGGAACGACCACAAACAGCUGCCAAAAUGUGUGACAUGGGGGGACUGGAUAACCUGGUGGCCAACACGGCCUACCUGAAAGCCCAAGGAGGGGACGACAAGGAGAUGAAGAAGCGGCGUCGGAGCUUGGCGUUGCCCAAAAGCGAACAGUGCUCCGCCACCAGAACCGCCAUCGAAAAGGACUUUAGCACCAUCUGUGAACGACAGCCGAUCGGGAAGAAGUUUUUCCGGGAGUUCCUGGCGAGCAACCCUGCGUACAAGCUCGCUGCCGAUUUCCUGGACGAGCUGUACGACUGGGACCUGGCCGAAGGGGCGACCAAAGACAAGUCCUGUCAGAACAUCAUCAACAAGUUCUGCAAGGCCGACUCCAAGACGUUCCUGGUCUUCCUCACCGGGGAGGCUUCCGAGAAGUGCAAAUCCGUGACGACGGCCAACUUUGAAGAAGUGAUGAAAGGGAAGGUUCAGGAGAACGUCAGAGAGUAUCUGAAGGGGAAGCCGUUCACAGAUUACAUGGCAAGCCCCUUCUUUGAUAAGUUUCUGCAGUGGAAAGAAUAUGAGAAGCAGCCCAUCAAUGACAAAUACUUCUACGAGUUCAGAACCCUCGGAAAAGGCGGCUUCGGAGAGGUGUGCGCCGUGCAAGUCAAGAACACAGGACAGAUGUACGCCUGCAAAAAGUUGUGUAAAAAGCGUCUGAAGAAGAAGGGCGGCGAGAAGAUGGCUUUGCUGGAGAAGAAAAUCUUGGAGAAGGUCAACAGCCUGUUUCUGGUCAACUUAGCCUACGCCUACGACAACAAGACCCACCUGUGCCUUGUCAUGACCCUGAUGAACGGCGGAGACCUCAAGUACCAUAUUUACAACAUUGGUUAUGACGGCAAGGGAGUGGACAAAGGCAUCGAGAUGAAGCGUAUCGUCCAUUACACGGCGCAGAUCACCACCGGCAUCCUGCAUCUGCACGAGAUGAACAUCAUAUACCGUGAUAUGAAGCCGGAGAACGUGCUGCUCGACAGUCAAGGCCAGUGCCGACUCUCCGAUCUGGGUCUGGCCAUUGAGAUUCUCCCGGAGAAGACCGUCACACAAAUGGCUGGCACCAACGCCUACAUGGCCCCGGAGAUCAUCAGUAAGACCCCCUACAGGACGUCGGUGGACUGGUGGGCUCUGGGCUGCAGUAUCUACGAGAUGGUGGCCGGCUAUACCCCUUUUAAAGGCCCUGACAGCAAGAAGGAGAAGGUAGAGAAGGAAGAGGUCCAGCGUCGUAUAGUCAACGAAGAGCCCAAGUGGGAGCACAAGUGUUUCGACGCGACCACGAAGGAUAUCAUCCAGCAGUUCCUCAAGAAGAAACAGGAGGAGCGCCUGGGCAUGAAGAACAACAAGGAGGACCCCAGGAAGCACGAGUGGUUCAAGACCAUCAACUUCCCGCGUCUGGAAGCUGGACUAGUGCCGCCUCCAUGGACGCCGAAGCCCAACGUCGUCUACGCCAAAGACACUGGCGACAUCGCCGAAUUCUCUGAAAUUAAAGGCAUCGAGUUCGACGCCAAGGAUGAUAAAUUCUUCAAGGAGUUCAGCACCGGCGCCGUAUCCAUCCCCUGGCAGCAGGAGAUGAUCGAAACAGGACUGUUUGACGAGCUGAAUGAUCCCAACAGGAAAGAAGGAGGAGGAGACCCCGACGACGGGAAGAAGUCCGGCACGUGCAUCCUGCUGUGAGCCAUUUCAAAGUCACCACGCACAGCACUUUGGCUUUCCUCAGCUAGAUGCAGCUUCACAUUGCUAUCACAGAUGGUUUUCACGACUGAGCUAAAGCUGAGCAUCUCUUCUGAGGCGAGGGCCACGUUCCACUCUGCUCUCCUGCGGGGGCGCUGAGGAUCCCCUGCACCCGAGGCUUCAGACAAAGAGGAUUUGGAAGCAUCCUCUUUCUACUUCUGACUACUUCUAGACAGCGCUCAUCAAAUCCUGGGCCUCACAACAUCUUCAGAUGACAGCAACUGAAGAAGCCAGAAAUCAUGUCGCAUUCAACAAGGCUGUCAAAAUGGUGGGACUUUCUGAGGAGCUCGGUACAGAGAUGGAUCUUUAGAAUUUGAAGCCGUUCCUGAACGUCACCGGUUUACCAUACAUGAGAAGUGCUUUCAACGACAACAGUAGUUUUCACCCAAACCUUAGCAGCUGACCUCAUACGUACGUCCGAAUGGUUUAUUUGAGUUUUAUAAAAUAAUGAUGUAUAUAUUGUACAUACUACGGAGAUACACUACGUCACUGUCUAUGCAAAUAGAGAGAGGAGGUCUGGAACGGAUGGUUGCUUGAAAGCGGAUACCCCUCUGCUCUUGGUGCUAUGAGGCGUUACCUAGUCCAGUAGUUAUGGACCCGACUGAGAGAAGCAGCCGGCCACGGUACCAGAGUUGCACUGAGCUCGUAGACACUUGAACUAGCAAUUUAAUUCUUCCAUUUCUUGUCUUGUCAAUCACGUUUGGGAGGUUUCCAAACGCUAGUUCUUGCCACAAGUGUAAAUGCUUGUACCUGUACAUAUAAAACGCAAGAGGGUCGGCGCCCGGCGUCACCAUAGAACUAUGAGAUAUGAAGAA